AUGAACGAAAAGAUCCACCCAGCCGACCGCAUCUCCCCGGUCUCCUCGCAAGCCACAUACACAUACACCAACACAGCCAACAGCGUCGACGAUCUCGAGAAACUCGAGAUCCUGCCCCAGAUCCUCCAAGAGGGCAUUCUGUUCGCCGGGUCCGGCGCCGCCCUGCUCCUCCAGGCCGCAUUUCCAGGCAUCAAAGCGACCUUCGAGGAAUCCAACAUCAAGACGGGCAACAACACGACCUACCUGGCCAACAACCUCAGCGACACCCUACAGUCCGCCCUGAGCUACAUCGCCUGCCUGGUGUUCGGCACGACCGAGGAAAAGAAACGCCUUCUCGAUCUCCUCCAGAAGGACCAAUCGCCCUUCCAACGGAAGAAACUCCCCUCCGACCCCCUCACCCAGCUCUGGAUCACAGCCACCGUCUACGCCACCGCAACGGACUUCUACCAGCGCAUCUACGGGCGGGUGGACUUCCGCACUGCCGAAAAGGCCUACGCGGAAUUCACUACCGUCCUUUCGUGCCUCAAUAUCGCCAAGGACGCCUGGCCGCCCACCCGCCAGUCCUUCUGGGAGUACUGGGAUAGCCAGAUCGAGCGGCUGAAUGUGAGUGCCGAGUCGCAUCGCGUUGCGAAGACAUUGCUUGAAAAGAACGAUUUUCCGGGAUGGGUGAAUGUGAUGAAGCCCCUGUUGAGAGCGAUUACGAUUGAGAUGCUCCCGCCACAGCUUCGGGACGCGUAUGGACUGAAGUCCUCCGCGAAGACGAGGGGGCUGUAUCGUGGCGCGAUGGGGUUCUCUGUCGCGGUUUACCCGGCUUUGCCGGCGUCGAUGAGAGGGUAUCCGUUGCGGUUUUAUCUGGGGGAUUUGAGAGGGCAGUUGGGUAAGACAUAG